AUGGACAUAUGGACAUCCAUCACAAAAGAAUCAUAUUUAGGCAUCACUGCCCAUUACAUUAAUUCACAUUGGGAAAUGAAAAGGUUUUUACUUGAUAUUAUACCACUAACAGAAAGACAUACAUCUGAUUUGAUUAUAUCAGAAUUAAACAAGAUUCUUGAAGAUUUUAACAUGGGAGAUAGUGCAGCCAACAUGGUAUUCAUUGAAAUAAGAUCUAUUAUUGAGUGUUUAGUUAAUAAUAAUUAUGGAGAAUUGCAGGAUUUAUGUUUAACCACAUCAGAUUGGAAGCAUAUUGGAGAAUUAUACCAUAUCUUAGAACCAAUGUAUGAAGCAACCAAAUUAUUAUCAUCAUCUUCAUACCCAACAAUGGGUGAUGUAAGAUUAGCUUUUAUUGGUAUGUUCACCACACUAGACCAUUAUCUUGAUGCACAAUUACAACAAUCAAUGAUUGCAUCCUCAAUUUCAGUAAAACUUGAUGAAUAUUAG